GACUUCAUACUCGUUUUCAUGCCGCCCAUUUCGCURGGACAACUCCAUCGAAACACUCGAUAGCAACCAUCGUCUUGGUKCAAAUCGGAAGAGUUGCAUCUUAUCAACGGCAUCGGAAAGGCUGCUCUCGUCGGUUUGCCUGCUGCAAKUCUCUGGCGAACAGCGACACCACCACCUGCCAAUGAAGGGCUUGCCGGGGGCCGCCCACCCGACCGCCAAGGCCUUCUUCGAUGCCCUGGAUCGAUACAACCAGGAGCGGCACGAGCCGGGAGCCGGAGCGGGGCACGAGGAAGCCGGCGGGCCGGGGCCCUCCGUGAGCGAAUCGCUGAGACGRAAAACGCAGCAGCUGGGCUGGCGGAACCGGCACUCGCAGAACGAGCACUACCCGAUCACCGUGCUGCAGCGAACGCCAACGCCGGGGCAAACCAAAACCAAAAACGGCGGGAASGACSACCGCGGCGGUGCCGACCGAAACCAGAACCGGGACAAAGACGGCGAACCUCAAUCCCAACCCCUGCAUCGGCUCCGAUCCCGGAGCUUUUCGGUGCGGCAGGUCCAGAGGGGAGAAGUCGAGGGAACCUACGGAACCGGGGCGACGGUGUGGCCCGCGGCGCUGGUCCUGGUCAAGUACCUCGAGCGCGUGGCCAACCACGGCGGCGGCGACACCGACCCCUGCGACGUGCGCGGAAAGCACGUCCUGGACCUCGGAGCCGGGACGGGCGUGACGAGCAUCGCGGCCGCGCUCCUGGGAGCGGCCUCGGUGGUCUGCACCGACGGAGAGGAAUCGGUGGUCCGGCUGGCCAGGGACAACGUCCGGGCGGCGGGCCGCGAACUGGCGCGGUCCGCCACGGGGAGGGACAGCGGCGAGAACGAGAUCGCGAUCGCAAUCGAGAACGAGAUCGACCAGAGCGGCGAGAGCGAUGCACCCGUAGGGAGUGUUCCGGUCAUCGACGGAUGCCCCAUUCGAACGCAGAGGUAUUGGUGGGGGGAGGGGACCUCCCCCCGUCUCGUGGGGUGUCUGGAAGACAAAGACCAAGACCAAGACGAGCCACCCGGCGGCGAGGAACGCAGCAAGAGCACCGAUUCCGAUCCCGACGAGGAAAAGGUCCGAACCCGCGCGAGCAGCAACGGGCUCCUCCUCCUGGUGGCCGACUGCGUCCUGCCCAAGCUGUACCCCAUCGCCCCCCUGGUCCAGGCCAUCGACGAAUGCCUCGGGCUGCACGAGGACUCCCGCUCUGGCGGCGAGGAAGCGGCGCCGGCCGCGGCGCUGCUSUCCUACGAGCACCGGUACUACCCCGACUACGAUCCGGGGACCGAGUUCCGGAGGCUGGCGGCCGAGCGGUGCCUGGACGUGGCAACCGUGCCGAGGGAACGGAUGGACCCCGUCUACUCGCUCGACGACGUGGAGCUCUGGGUGGUCCGGCGGCGUCGGCAACGGCCCGCUCCGUGAGCCCGGGGGGGCGAGGCAGAAUUGGCACCGCCGCGAAACCGGAUCGCAACGCAACGCAUUGCGUCGCAUCGCAUCGCAUCGCAUCGCAUCGCAUCGCAUCGCAUCCGAUCUCCAACCGCACCCGGACCCAGCGACAAGGACAGGUGCAGCACCACUGCUACGGCUACGAAUUGCUGUCGCGCUUCCACCACGGCCUGCCAGCACCACACCACCAUGUAUUGAUUUAAACUGCUACUGUAUUGCCA